CUGAUGAAACAGCUGAGCUAUGUAAACCUCGCCAGGGUGGCAUCUUCAAGCUCCAAGCUGUUCCCUGACUUCUACUUACCUCCCAUUCCUUUACACUACAUCACAACCUACAACCAUGAGGAGAGUAAACGCCCUAAUUGUGCUGAGCACGCUUUCUACUGCUGCUUUUGCAGCAGAAUCGUCACGUCCUAGAGGUGUCAGUCCUGAAUUUGCAAAAUACUAUAAAUCUACAGACUCGUUUACAUGUAUCUCGAAUCCUGAAAUCAAACUUUCGCCCUCACAAGUCAACGACGAAUACUGCGACUGUCCAGAUGGUUCUGACGAACCUGGCACAGCGGCCUGCACAUACAUCUCCGACCUCUCACCACCUCAGCCCGUUGCCGGAAAAGUAAACACAUCAUUCGCCCUCCCGGGGUAUUACUGCAAGAACAAGGGGCACAUUCCAGGCUAUAUACCACACAUGUAUGUCAAUGACGGCGUAUGUGAUUACGAGCUCUGCUGCGACGGCAGCGACGAGUAUGCGGGUGUUGGGGGAGUCAAAUGCGAAGACAAAUGCAAGGAGAUUGGCAAGGAAUGGAAGAAAGCUGAUGAGAUACGGCGGAAGAGCGAGAGGGCGGCGUUGAAGAGGAGGGUGGAGCUCGUGAGUGAGGCACAGGCUCUGAGAGCUGGUGUGGAGAUCAGUAUUGGGAGAUUGGAGAGCGAGAUUGCUGCGCAGGAGAAGAAAGCUGCGGCUUUGAAGACGGCGUAUGAGGAGAUUGAGAGGAGGGAGAGGGGGAAAGUGGUGGGUAGUGCUGGGGGGAAGGGUAGUAAAGUUACUAUUCUUGCUGGGUUGGCGAAGAAUAGAGUUGAUGAGUUGAGGGAGACGCUGUUAGGGGUUGUGGCUAAGAGGGAUAAGCUGAAGGAGAGGGUUGGGGAGCUGGAGGGUAUUUUGGCUGCUUUCAAGGAGGAUUAUAAUCCUAACUUCAACGAUGAGGGUGUCAAGCGAGCUGUUAAGGCUUGGGACGAUUACGCUGCUCAGAAACUCGCUGCUGGUGAGACAGAUGAGUCUGCUGAGGAUAGAGAUCUUGCCGAGGUCGUCAAAGAGGAUUCUGAGACUGAAGGUAUCAAUUGGGCUGAAUGGGAGACUGAGGAGGAGAGUGAUGUCGAAGCUCUCUACAAAUUCGAAGAGUAUCUCCCAGGACCCGUCCGCGACUGGGUGCACCAGAAGCUCAUCGAUCUCCGCAUCAUGCUUGUUGAGAACGGUAUCCUCGCAGACAACGCCAACUCCGGCUCCGAAUCCAAAGUUGUCACAGACGCCCGAUCCGCGUACCAAAGCGCCAACGACGAAGUCUCAACUAAAUCAGCCACUCUUGGUGACCUACGCAACGAUCUCACCAAAGACUACGGCACCGAUGAUAUCUUUCGCGCCCUCAAAGACAAGUGCAUCUCCAAGGAUUCAGGCGAGUACGAGUAUGAGCUCUGCUGGAUGGGCAGCACGAAGCAGAAGAGCAAGAAAGGGGGUGGCCAUACCGGCAUGGGCAAUUUCGUGCGCUUCGACAAGAUGACUGUUGAUGAGGAGGUCAGCGCUGAUGGCAAGGGACUGGGCAAGGGCGAGCGAUUGGUGCUGAGGUAUGAGAAUGGUCAGAAUUGCUGGAAUGGACCGAAUAGGCAGACGACGGUUGUGCUGGCUUGUGCGGAGACGGAUGAGAUCUGGAAAAUUGCGGAGGAGGAGAAGUGUUUGUAUAAGAUGGAGGUUGGUACGCCGGCUGUCUGCGAGGGGAGAACGGAGGAGAAGAAAGAGGGUGGGAAGGAUGAGUUGUGAUUUUCUUAUUUUUUUGAUAGCUUUGGGUCGGGCGAAACUAAAAUAUGUAGAAUUAUAGGCACUGGGUUUGAUUGGUAUUGUAUCAGUCUUUGUUCUAGAUAGCAAUUGCCAUGUGGUUGCCUUUAGCCCUUGGAUUUGACUUUUGAAGUAAAUGUACAAGUCUUGUAGAAUGAGUAACCCUUCAUAAAGAAUCCGAUAAGAUGCCCCUCUCCAAACGCCGUUGCUCCAUGCCCAAUGCCGUUUUUCCUGACCUAGUUUUUCUUGGGUAUCGAGUAUCCUCUCGUCAUAAAAUCUCCCGACUUGUGCGUCUGAGCACUGUAUCCUGUAUUUGAGAAUAAGCUCUUGAGGUUGUCGUUCAGGCCGAGCUUUCUUCUUUUAUUCCGUUCUUCUUGCUCGUCCAGGACUUUGGCUGUUAAGGAAGCUGUUGCUGAGUUUUUGAUCCCUGAUGAGGGAACUGGUGUUGCCGUUCCACUCUUCGUAUGUCCAUUGGACGUCCAAUUUUCCGUAGACUUCUUCUUGACAUCCACUUUCGACGCCUCAACAGAAUUUCCAUUUGUGGUUUCUUUGUUCUCAGCAGCAGCCUCUCCCUUCUUCCGCUUCUUACUUCCUGGAGCCUUCUUCAGCGAAUGUGUUAACCCCGCCUCCCUCAACCUAGCUAUCCUCUCAGCCAGCUUCGCAAUAUCCUCUUUGGCAAGUGGCACAAUGGGUAUGAUAUCCCCCUCCUUGUACGCCUCAUUGCACUCCACGCAAACAUCGCCCUUCACCUCCCUGAUCGCCGCUUCAGAGAACGCAUGUCCACAUGGCACCAGGUACACACUCUUCGUGUUUGGGCCUAGCUCCUUACUCGUAACAGGACACACCCACUUUUCGCUCUUGUCCUCCUUCAAAACUGUGAACUUGACCUCAACCGCAUCUCUCAAACCCUUGACUCGUCCCUGCAGCACAUCUUCUUUCUCUUUCAGUACGGAGGCGGGGGUGUCUAGGUCUUUGGGGAGGAGCUGUUCAAUGAUCGCGUCUUUGUUGUAUAGUGUUCCUGCGCAGUCUGAUACUAUAGGCGUGGUGAGAGGUCGAUUUGAUAGAGGGCACCAGGUCCAGGCGUGGGUUUGCGCUUCUUGUUGGGUAGCUUUUAGUUCGGUUGUAUUGAGUGCGCGGGCGGCGUUCUUGACGAGUUCGCGCCGGGUGGGGAUUGAUCCGCCGUCAUUACCCAUGGCUACGAAUUCGUGUAAUCGUUAUGGGGGUGAUCGGUAGGGAAAUGGGCUUGGAUUGUGGUUCUGGUUUCGCAGAGGUGUAGUGUGA